AUGGAGAAGGUGAAGGGGUUGCUGAAGCCGCGGCCGACGCCGCAGCAGCAGCUGCGGGAGUGGCAGCGCCGCCUCCGCAACGAGUGCCGCGUCCUCGACCGCCAGAUCCGAGAUGUGCAGAGGGAGGAGAAGAACGUGGAGAAAGCUAUCAGGGAGGCCGCUAAGCGCAACGACAUGGGAUCAGCGAAGGCUCUUGCUAAGGAACUUGUGAGAUCAAGGCGUGCUGUUAAUCGUCUUUAUGAAAACAAGGCUCAACUUAAUUCAGUGUCAAUGCAUCUUGGAGAAAUUGUUGCAACGGCAAGAACAGUGGGUCAUCUGUCAAAAAGUACUGAAGUAAUGAAAAUCGUUAACAAUCUAAUGAAGGCUCCAGAAUUGGCUACCACCAUGCAAGAAUUUAGUAAAGAAAUGACAAAGGCUGGUGUGAUGGAAGAGAUGAUCAAUGAUGCAGUUGAUUCAGCUUUGGACUCUGAGGACAUGGAGGAGGAAAUUGAAGAGGAGGUUGACAAGGUUCUUGCUUCAGUAGCUGGGGAGACUGCCUCACAACUACCAGAUGCUGUGAGGAAACAGAGGAUAAACCAAGCUUCAACGAGCAGGGUCCAAGAAGAGCAACAAGCUGUUGCCGAGGGUGCUGAUGAUGAGGAAGAUUUGGAAGAGAUCAGAGCACGGCUUGCUAAAGUGAGGUCAUAACAUUCUAUUCUAACUUUGGGAGUUCACUAGAUAACAUCCAGACCAAUCUAUGAUAGAUUGGGUUGAUGAUAGUUUAGCUUUUUCCCUCAGUUGACCAAGUUUGAACUAGCAAUUUACUAUUGUAUACUUGUAUAGUAAACAGCGUGGUGAGGUGAUAUGCCGGUAUCAUGGCCUGUCUUUGAUUUCAUCUGGAGUGUAAUGGUAGACACAUAAAUUUGAAUAAUGUGUAUCAACUCUUCUAGUUAGUACUAUGCCAGAUCAAAUGUUCAGAAA